AUGUCCUCACCACCGACCCUUCGCCUCUGGUGGUACCCUCCCGGAGCCCGGCCGCUCUACACCCAGCCCCCUGAAUCGUCCCACGGCUUCUUCCAGAGGCCGUUCUUCCUGUGGAUGCCCUACAAGAUGUGGGCGUGCAGGCUUGUGUGCCCCAGCUGUGACACGAAGCUGACCGGCGCAGGACUCUACAAGACGGUGCGCAGGGUACUGGACAGGGACGGCUGGUACUUUAUGGGCACAGAGUACCUGGAAUGUCGUUCCUGUGGGAAGAAGAUCGCCACCUGGGCCCAAGACAUCAUCAAUCAGUUGGACCUGAGUCACCAGGAUCAAUUCCCAGCUGUACUCACCUACAAGCUGUCCUGCCACAAGUCUGUGAUCUUGCAGAUGAGACAGCAGACUUUGGGCAACAGUGCGACCUGCCUCCGCAAACAGCUGGUGGAGGACCACACAGAGACCUGGAUGUCCUGCACUGCAACGUACCUCGGGGUGCUGGAGAAGCUGGGCGUAGCGGGUGCAGCAGUCCAGCCGGUGACUGUCCCACCCCUGCACCCGGUGCCCACCGUGGGCUGGCUCCUCUCUGUCUUUGUCAGGGACGCCCUGUCUAGGCUGGAGGCAACCAAGGCCAGGGUCACGUCUAUCUUCGGCAAAAUCCUGAAGAUGGAAUCUACCAAGAAGAUGACCUCCAAGCUGGCUGGCAAAGCUGCGGGCACUGCAGCGUGGGUGACAAACGUGGGCAACGAGUACGGACAGGUGCUCAUGUCCGUCCUCACGGCUGCCAAAGGGGAUGGGCUUUUGCCCUUGGCCGCAGGGCUGAUGCGGCGGUACCGAGAAGCCCAGGUGGCCCCUCCAGCGGUGCUGUACGUGGACCGUGACUGCUGCUCCCUCGCUGGCCGGAAGCACGCGGCGGCCAUGUUCUCCGAGUGGGACCGGCUGGUGGUGAGGCUGGACGUGUGGCACCUUAUGCAACGCUUUGCCAGAGGUGUCACCACUGAGAGCCACCAGCUGUACCCUCAGUUCAUGGCGCGGCUGUCCUACGCCAUCUACCUGUGGGACCAGGACGACCUGGCUCUGCUGGAGAAGGCCAAGCGCGCAGAGGAGGGCAGAGAUUCCUACAUCCAUCUCUCUGCCAAGGAGCUGGUGCGUCACUGCCGCCGCUACACGCGCGGCGCGGCAGAGACGGAGAGGCUGAUCCAGGAGCUCCUGGAUCAGUUCUGGGACCUGCAAAACAAUCUGGGCGUCGUCCUCAUCCACCGAUCCUCCGGGAGUGGCGCUCUACAGGGGGAGCUGACCAAGGGAGGGAUCCGGCUCCCCGUCUACCGCUGCGCCCGAGGAUCCACUUCACUGGAGUUCUUCCACCUUCACCUGAACGGCUUCAUACCUGGCACGUCAGCCAGUGCCCUGCACUUUCAGGUGUACUUGCUGGAGGGCCUGGUACGAUGGAAUGAAGACCGCGGCAGAGCUUCAGUGGAAGGAGUCCAGAGGCUGGUCCCGCGCAGCUACGAUGCCCGGCGGCAGAAUUACCUCAAUCGGCUGACCCAGAAGUACAUGGGUAAUUUAUUCUUUUGCAUUUACAUGAUGCACUUGGCCCAGAUGGACGUAGCGGGUACCAACACGUCACCGCUCUGGCCCACGCCCUAG